UGCAGUUCCUGCCGCGUGAUGACAAAUUUGAAAUUCGUGGUGCUGUUUCUUCUACCAAUCCUGUUCUCUGUUCACGUCUCAUCCAAAUCCCCACCCGUUCAGAUGAUGGCCUCUAUGGUGAAGCCGGGAGUCUUCCGGCAUGUGAUGUGCCGCAACAGUAUGUAUCCCCGUAGUGGGGUCCUCCGUUUUCCAGUUGCCGAUGAGCAGGUCUUUUGGUCGGAGCCAUAUGCCGAGUACUGCCCGCCCUCGUACACAGCGCCGCACAUUGGCGGACAAGUCUGGGCCGAUGAGCCGUUGCCAAGUGAAACGAUCCAGCCGAAAUGGAACCAGAACGACGGUCAGGUGAAUCGAGAGUCCUUUCACGGUGCCUACGAGGUAAGAGACGGCCUGCCCCGCAACCCGAUAGGACGCACCGGCCUGAGCGGGCGUGGCUCCCUGGGCAGAUGGGGUCCCAAUCAUGCAGCUGAUCCAAUUGUUACACGCUGGAAGCGCGACGCGAAUGGACAAAUCGUGGCUAAUGCAGCUACCGGCAAGAACAUCCUUCAGAUGGUAGCCAUUCAGCGUUCAGACAACAAACUGUGGGCUAUUCCGGGGGGCAUGGUGGAUCCCGGCGAGAAUGUGACCGUUACACUCAAACGAGAGUUCACGGAGGAGGCUCUCAACUUCACCGACAAGGCCAAUAUGGUGGAAAAGUUUUUUAAGGAAGGUCUACAUAUCUAUAGCGGCUACGUGGACGACUUUCGGAACACUGACAAUGCCUGGAUGGAGACAACGGCUCUGAACUUUCAUGAUGAGGACGGCAGCCAGGUGGGUCAGCUGGAGCUAGUGGCCGGCGAUGAUGCUUCCAAUGUGCGAUGGACCGAUGUGGACGGCAGUCUCAAGCUGCAUGCCAAUCAUUCGGACAUUGUAAGGGAUGUGGCCAUUAAGCGAGGUGCCCACUGGUAGAAAUAGGAGAGGAUUCUCCCGAGAUUUGAAUAUGAAUAAAAUAUAACUCAUUUUAGUUUA